AUGGUGGCGCCCUACCACAGCUAUCGAGAUGAGCUGAGUGUGUAUGACGGACUUGUGUUCAGAGGUGAGCGCCUGCUCACACCAAAGUCCAUGCGCCAAACCAUGAAACAGCAGUUGCACAGCUCACACAUCAGAGUAAACGCGUGCCUGAGACGAGUAGGAGAAUGCCUGUUUUGGCCAGGCAUGACCUCAGGCAUAAAGCAAUGCAUCUCACAGUGCGAAGCUUGUAUCACCUAUGGAGCAAAACAGCAGAGAGAAACCCUAAUGAGCCACGAAAUCGCAGAACGCCCAUGGGAGAAGAUUGGGGCAGAUCUAUUCACUAUUGAUGGCAAAGAUUACCUUGUCAUGGUGGACUAUUUUUCUAAUUUCUGGGAAAUAGACCAUCUACCCGACACCAAAGCAAGCACCAUCAUCAGGCAGAUGAAGCGUCAUUUUGCCAGACAAGGGAUUCCAGACAUCGUAAUAAGUGACAAUGGCCCUCAAUUCAGUUCAGACAAGUUCAAAGCAUUCACUAGUGCGUGGGGGUUUGACCACUGUCCUGGUAGUCCUGGGCACCAACAGAGCAAUGGGAAAGCCGAGGCCACAGUGAAAGAGGCCAAGCGGCUUCUUAAGAAAGCCAAAGAGACUGGUGGCGACCUCUAUCUCGCCUUGUUGGCACACCGCAACACGCCAACGGUAUCCAUGGACAGCAGCCCGGAACAACGACUCAUUGGACGGCGUUGCCAGACACAGCUUCCAACAACGCGACAGCUGCUGAAGCCACAAACUGUACGUCCAAAAUUUGUAAAGCGAGAAACAAAGGCAAAGCAGCUGAAACAGGCAAAGUAUUAUGACAGAGGAGCUCGAGAUCUAAUGCCCCUCGAAGUAGGAGAUGUG